AUCCUAACGGCCUCGGGCGGCGGCCCUCGGCGCCCCGCCCUUCCCGGGCCCGCCCCCGGCUCCAUCUUGCCCGAGAUCAGUUUGGGACGAGACGCUGCUCCACCGGGUCAGAAUGUCGUACCCGGGCUAUCCCCCCACAGGCUACCCAGCUUUCCCUGGAUAUCCUCCUGCAGGUCAGGAGUCAUCUUUUCCUCCUCCUGGUCAGUAUUCUUAUCCUAGUGGCUUUCCUCCAGUGGGAGGAGGUGCCUACCCACCAACACCAAGUAGUGGCUACCCAGGAGCUGGAGGCUACCCAGGAGCUGGAGGCUACCCAGGAGCUGGAGGCUACCCUGCCCCUGGAGGCUAUCCCAGUGCCCCACAGCCAGGGGGAGCUCCAUCCUAUCCUGGAGGCCAAGGGUUUGGAGCCCCACCAAGUGGAGCAGGCUUUUCUGGCUAUCCACAGGCACCCUCACAGUCUUAUGGUGGGGGCCCAUCCCAGGUCCCACUACCUGGUGGUUUUCCUGGGGGACCGAUGCCUUCUCAGUACUCUGGAGGACAAUCUCCUUACCCUAGUCAGAUCAAUACAGAAUCCUUACCUUCCUAUCCUGUUUUCUCUCCUGUUUCUGUGGAUUAUAGCAGUGAACCUGCUUCGAUGACUCAGGGAACUCAAGGAACAAUCCAACCUGCUGCCAACUUCGAUGCCAUGAGAGAUGCAGAAAUUCUUCGUAAAGCAAUGAAGGGUUUUGGUACAGACGAACAGGCAAUUGUAGACGUUGUGGCCAAUCGUUCCAAUGAUCAAAGGCAAAAAAUUAAAGCAGCUUUUAAGACCAUGUAUGGCAAGGAUUUAAUCAAAGAUCUUAAGUCAGAGUUAAGAGGAAAUAUGGAAGAACUGAUCCUUGCCCUGUUCAUGCCACCUACGUAUUAUGAUGCCUGGAGUUUACAGAAUGCAAUGAAGGGAGUAGGAACUCAGGAACGUGUAUUGAUUGAAAUUUUAUGCACAAGAACAAAUCAGGAAAUCAGAGAAAUUGUCAGAUGUUAUCAAUCAGAAUUUGGACGAGACCUUGAAAAGGACAUUAGGUCAGAUACAUCAGGGCAUUUUGAACGUUUACUUGUAUCCAUGUGCCAGGGAAAUCGCGAUGAGAACCAGAAUGUUAACCACCAGCUGGCUCAGGAAGAUGCUCAGCGUCUCUAUCAGGCUGGUGAGGGGAAAUUAGGGACAGAUGAAUCUUGCUUUAACAUGAUUCUUGCCACAAGAAGCUUUCCUCAGCUGAAAGCUACCAUGGAGGCCUAUUCCAGGAUGGCUAAUCGAGAUUUGUUAAGCAGUGUCGGCCGUGAGUUUUCUGGAAGUGUUGAAAGUGGUUUGAAGACCAUCUUGCAGUGUGCCCUGAACCGCCCUGCCUUCUUCGCUGAGAGGCUGUACUAUUCUAUGAAAGGUGCCGGCACAGAUGACUCCACCCUGGUCAGGAUUGUGGUCACUCGAAGUGAGAUUGAUCUUGUACAAAUAAAACAGAUGUUCAGUCAGAUGUAUCAGAAGACCCUGAGCACAAGGAUUGCAAGUGAUACGAGUGGAGAUUACCGAAGGCUUCUUCUGGCCAUUGUGGGCCAGUAGGAGAGAUUUUUUUUUUAAAUGAGUGAAGCUAUUCAGAGCUUAUCCUUCAAAGCAAUGACUGACCUGCAUGCAGCAACAUCAAUCCUCACCUAACCAAAAGAGCUUUUUACUAAAGACUGUGUCAGGGUAUUGUGCUUGGUUUGCACAUGUGGUUAUUGCCUUAAUUCCAAUGUUAUUUUUUUCUCUGUAUACGAUCAAGUAAAGCCAUAUCACAA